UGUCCAUAUUCAUAUACGCGGAUUUGUCUAGAUAUAUCCUCACGAGGAUAAGAAGCGCGAUCUACGUUUAUUAGAUCUAUGACUGUGACGUCACGCGAAGAGUAAAUAUCGCGACCGAAUGUACAAAUCAUGUAUGUACAAACAUAUAUACGCGCGAUAAAUUUGUUCGCACCGUUACGCGACGACGCGAAGUUGUUUAUAUAUAUGUUAAGACGCUCGGGAAGAUCAGGACGCGUCGCGUUGUACCGGAUCGAAUGACGCCUUCUGUUCAUUCGAGUAUGUGCCUCGCGUGCGAACGGUAUCGGCAGCCGUAGCGUUUACGACUCUCGUCAAAAGAAAGUCUAGUAUAUAAUUGUCGGUUAUAACGAGUGAAUUUUGUGAUUGCUAAAACAGUUAAAAAUAUACAUAAUAUACAAUAAUCGUGUACAAAAGAUUCGCUUAAUACAACAUAAUAUGUAUAUAUGUAUGUAUGUGUGUGUGCGACGCGUCGUAAGUCGCAGUCUAUUUCGCCCGAAAGUGUCUCCGGUCUACAGUUUUUGCGUCUAUGAUCGUGACGUCACACGAAGUAUCGCGACCGAGUGCCGGGUGCACGUAACGUUCGUUGUCCUCUUAAAAGUGAGUCUUGCGUACGAUUGUCGGGUAUACAUUGAUUAAGAGAGGCGUACAUGACACGUAAUAAUCAUGUACAAAAGAUUCGCGCCGCGUAGUACAAUGUAAUUGUGUAUGUAUGUAUGUAUGUGUGUGAUAGAUUUAUUCGUCCGUUACGCGACGACGCGAAGUUGUUUAUAUACGCGCCGAGACGUACUUGGGGAAGGUCAGGACACGUCGCGUCGUGCCGGAUCAAAUAACACCUUCUAGUCUAGUUCGAGAGUAUCUCGCGUACGAAAGAUAUCGGCAGCUCCAGUGAAUCAGGAGUAAAUCGUAGUAUAUUAAUAAAUACGUGCGCGAUCGUAAAUAACCGUCAUCUCACGAGACGCGUUUCGUGCGUUCAACAAGUAGUCGCGUAAUAAAUUUCGCCAUGUUUUUACGUCACGUGUCGUAUAAAUGGAAUUCGCUCGCGGUAUUCUUCGCGGAUUCUAUUAAUUACAUCGCACGCGUAAAUGUAACACUGUGUCAUUAGUGUCCGUAAUCAGUCGCGUUUCUCUAACGGAUUCGUAUUAGUGAGUGAACUUUUCUUGCUUGGAGUCGAAUUGGAAAAGAAGCAGACUCAUCAAGGGCGAUAAUGGAUCGAGGCAGGAAGGAUUAUGACGACACACGGAGCGUCUGAUCUUUACUGUGUCAAGAAAAACCCUCGAAUGAGCACUCAACUUUAAGUAGAAUUAUUUGAGAGCGUCCUGUGGAAAUGGAAGAUCGAGUCUCCUCUUCGUUCUCCAGAGGAUAUCGUGACCUCCAAGGCAGGCUUCAUGGUGGAAUUGAAGGUGGAAUCAGUCGGAAAAGCAUUCAAAUGCAUCCUCGAGACUAAUCAGGGCGAAAAAUUGGAAUACAUGCCCGGAUGUCACCUAAUUAGAGGGGACAUCGAAUGUAUCGAUAAGAGAAAUGAAACAUGCACGUUACGCAUUAAUAAAGCUAAUGAUACUCACGCGGGUAUGUGGAAAGUUACGGCAUACACCGCGAAAAAGGAGAAUGAAGAGAAUAUUGAUUCAUUCGACGAUAUUACUCCGGAAGUGUUCUUGUUCAGUCUGUAUAUUCGCCAGGAGAAGAAGGCCGCUAUACCUUCACAAUACAUCGAAGUAUACGAUGGGCAUUACAUAAAUAUGAAAUAUGAUGAGAAUUAUAAGAAUCUUACGGCAUGCAAUCUGACGGGACCUAAGAUGGAAUCCAUAAAUUUUCUGACAGAGAAACGAAACAAUUUUCAACUUUUGGGUCAAUGCGGCGUCCGUAUGAAAGUAAAUGCUACUUAUGAGGGCUCUUGGGAACUUGAUGCAGUCGUCAACAAUUACACGCUGUAUUACACAUCAUUCAAUAUCGAAGUGCAUCAAUUAGAACAAAAAGAUCCGAAUGAUAUGUUAGUCUUACAGUGGACCCGUGGCUCUCCAGGUAUAAUCAGCCUAUCAGGUAAAUCGAAAAUAUGUGAAAUAGUGGAUCCGAAUGGUGUAACUGUAGCUACAUCAAUUGGAAAAUGUUAUCAUCAAGUAAAAGUCGCUACUACUCAGCACGAGGGCGUAUGGCUCGCUCGUUAUAAUAUGUACGGGAUGCUGGAGCCUAUCGAACAAAAAUUUAGAAUUGAGAUUUUUGAUCGAGUAAUUUUUAAUGCUAAUGUCACUCGUACCGAGGAUGGCAGUACGCGAUUAUUAUGUCAAUUAGAGAUAAAGGGCACACGUCCGGAAUCAUGUAACUUUAUUAGACCCGAUGGCACGAGACUUUACAUGACGCCCAUAAUAGGUACUGAAAGGUACACUGCCUACAUAUAUUCUUUCACCAAGCGUGAACACGCUUACAAUGUUUUGGAAUGUGCAAUAACAAUCAUGAAGCUUGAGGACGUGGAUUACGGCGCAUGGCGAUGCGAUCUUAGGAUACCCUUCAGUUCACGCUCGUAUGGAACCGUGCUUCGCGUUGACUAUCCCGAUUCUCGGGGAAACAACAACACUAAAGAUGAAAUGGUUAAAAUCAGAACGGACGAUGUAUACGUAAAGCGCGGCGACCCGUUUACGAUAAAAUGUGUCGCUGAUGCCGCACUUGAUUACUGUUGGCUGCGAAGCCCGAAUGGAACUUCUUAUUCCAUCACAGAAGAUACGGAAGUUAAGUCGUCAAUUACUCUAGAUUAUCAUGGCAACGGGCUGUCAUUUGGCGAAUGUGGUGUAGAAAUUUCAGCAGCCAUACAUUCCGAUGAUGGACAUUGGAGUUGUUUGAUGGGGAUGACUGACGGUGGCGAGCAAGCCGCGACAGUGUCAGUCACAGUAACAGAAACCUACCUCGUGGCCGAGCAGACGGAAAUAGCCGUCAGCGCACGAAACGAUCCAGUUCUGUCUUGCCACAUCCUUCCGCGUAUGCUGGACAGAACAGUUCAUUACUGCCGGUGGAUUCGCCCCGACGGAUAUGGAAUUUACAAUGAUAUAAGCCAUCGAUAUACCACCAACAGUAGCUACUCCGACUGCAGAUUAGUCAUCCUGAACUACUAUCCGGAAGAGGACGACGGUAAUUGGACAUGCGUGGCCGGACUCGUGGGUAAAAACGGUCACUUGGAGGAAGCCUGGGACAAUGUCAUGUGUCAUAAAAUUCCGUAUGCGUCCAGAAUGACGGUCUUUAUCGUUAAGCGCCUUAGCUUCGUGGUCAUCGGUAUCACACUGAUAAUCGUCGUCUUUGGUACCUUCGGUUACGUCUUGGGCCGAUAUAGGCUUCGUCGAAUGAUGUCGAGAGACAUCAUUAACGACUCAUCAAGCUACAGCCCGCAGAGUUACGGGACGCGAUCUUUCUCCCAGAUCCGUCGCUUUGCAACCAGAAGGUUCGCCCGACCACCAAAAUUUCUCUCCGUUCUCUCAAACGAAGUGCUGUGUCCGCGCCUCAAAAGAAUCUCAAUAUUGAUCCCGAUUCCCCGCUUAUGUCUGGCGGCCUCAACGAAUCAAAGUCCAUCCUGUAAUUGGAAACGGCAGCGGCCCGUUCGACUGGAAGAUUCACGACUGAAUUGCCGUAGGAACACAAUUUACGGUAGCGAGCGUUCGCGCGCGAAGAGGGAGGACAGAAAAGGGUGGCUAUCUUGCCAGACGAUGGCGGCGGCGAGCCGGUAUAACUUUGAUAUUCCGUCCUUGAGCGAAGGAAGAUAUGCUAACGAUCUGUAAAGAGUAUGGCAUGGGAGCUGAACAGAGAUUCAAGCCUCGCCAGGAUAAAUUGCGAGUGAAAUUAAUCGCCACAUUUUUGCGGUCUUGCAGUCGAUACGCGACUCUUCGCCGAUAUAUUGAAUUACGUGCACACAAUUUGC